AUGAUAGAAGAAAUAACUAAAAGGUUAACAGAGUUAAGUGUAGAUUCUGCAAGGAAAAAAUCAAUCACCCCUUUAACUAAGGAUCUAACUUUUGAAGAAGAAUUAAGGAAUAGAUUAAAUAAUCUAAACCUUGCCCCUUUAAACAAGGAAGUAGAAAGCUCAGAAUCUGAAACAGAAUCAUCUAAUGAAGAUGAAAUUAACAACAUUGAAACAAUGUUCAAACAAUCUGAACCCUUAGAGGUGAAUAGGAUAAUGUAUCCUAAACCUAGGGCAAUAGUAGAAAUGAAGCCUUAUUAUCCAAGGCCGUCUCCAGUUAAUCUACAAUAUGAAGAUACAAGUUAUAAUUAUGUUCAAUACGAUGGAUCUUCAAUUGUAGAAUGGAACAUAGAUGGACUUUCUGAUUAUCAAAUCAAGAAUGUCAUCCAAUUCAUGACUAUGUAUGCCAUAUCUGCCAGAGUUGAAGGAAGUAAUUCUGAUCAGUCAAUAGCUAAAGCCAUAAUAGCUAGUUUUACCGGCCAACUAAGAGGUUGGUGGGACUUUUCCUUAUCUGAAGAAGGAAAAGCACAGGUUCUUAAUGCUGUUAAAACAGAAACAAGAGCCGAAGGUCCAACUGCAGUGUCAGAUAGUGUUAAUACAUUAUUAUACACUAUAGGAAUGCAUUUUAUAGGAUCAGCUAGCCUGUAUAUGGAUAGAUCUCAGGAACAGUUAAUGAACUUAAGAUGUCCUGAUUUAUCUCAUUUUAAAUGGUAUAAAGAUAACUUAUUUUCCCUUAUUUUCACUAGGGAAGAUAAUCAAUAUGAUUUCUGGAAAGAAAAAUUUCUUUCUGGAUUACCCUCGUUAUUUUCUGAACGAGUAAAUAAACAAAUUAGGGAUAAGAAUGAUGGUUCCCUACCAUACAAUCACUAUACCUACGGAGAACUUGCCUCAGAGGUAGUAUCGGCAGGUAUAACAUUAUGCAAUGAAUUAAAAAUUCAUCGACAACUACAAAAGGAAAGACUCACCGGUAAAAGAAUACUCGAUGAUUUCUGUGAACAACUAGGAUUACCACCUGUAACUUUUCUUUAUAAAGGCAAAGUUAAAAGGGGGAGGAAAGUAGGAAAAGGCAAAAAAUUUUACCGCAACAGAUAUCCUAAAAAGGAUAAAGGAGAAUCGUCAUAUAGGAAAGCUCCAAAAAGAAAAACAGCAUCAUCUUCUAAAAAGAAGAAAAAAGAAACCAAUGUAGUAUGCUACAAAUGCGGAAAAACAGGACAUUACGCUAAUAAGUGUAGAGUUAAACAACAAAUACAAGCUUUAUCAAUCGAUGAAAAUCUUAAAGAAUCAUUGAUUAAAAUACUCUUAAAUGAUACAGAACCAGAAGAUUUAAAAGUAAAUGUGAUAGAUUAUACUUCUGAAGAAUCUUCUACUGAUCUGAUAAAGCAUCAGAAUGUGAUGGAAAGUGUGAUUAUUACAAAUCACUAUGUACCUUAA